AUGGCACCAAGUACUACCGCGGUAGAUGGCGAACAAGUCUCGUCUGUUAAGGGUCAAAACAGCAACCACGCCUCUCAGCACCUUAAUGGACAGAACACAUUGGAGGCCACGUAUUCUAGCAAUUACAAAGCCAAGUUCGGCGAUGCCGUUCGUGAUGCGAUUGAUAUGAACCAAGUCCGAAGUCACUUUCCUGUUCUUAGUGGGGAGACCGUACUGUUCAACAAUGCGUCGGGGACAGUGGUAUUGGGGGAUGCUGUUACAAUAGCAAGUGAACGGAUGAUUUCUAUGCCAAUUGACCGUGGAGAUGGAGAUCCUCGAAGUGACGCGGCACAAGCCGAGUAUGCGAUCAAUUGGCUCCAGUGUGCGGCUUUCAUCAAUGCGGAUCCGUCAGAGAUUGCUUUUGGACCGUCUACGACUGCUUUACUACGGCUAUUAAGCCAGUCCUUGCAACCUUAUCUCAACUCGGACGCCGAGAUGGUCUGCUCUACUCUGUGCCAUGAAGCGGCGGCAAGCUCGUGGGUAUAUCUUGCUCGAAAUUUGGGCAUCACCAUCAAAUGGUGGACACCAUCUCAAGACGAGAAUGAUAGCCCUUGCCUCACGGUUGAAUCACUCAAGCCUCUUCUGACCCCCAAAACGCGCCUCGUUACUUGCAAUCACGUCUCUAACGUGGUUGGGACGAUUCAUCCAAUUCGGGAGCUGGCCGAUCUUGUUCAUACCAUCCCUGGUUGCAUGAUUGCUGUGGACGGAGUUGCCUGGGCUCCCCACCGUCCAGUAGAUGUCAAAGCACUUGACGUGGAUUUUUACUGCUUCAGCUGGUACAAAGUAUUCGGUCCACAUAUAGCGCAGUUAUACGCACACCGUCGCGCACAGGACCGCUAUAUGAGCAGUAUCAACCAUUACUUCCUUGACGCCUCUACCCUUGAUGGCAAAAUUCACCUAGGCAAUGUUUGUUACGAGCUGGAAUCAAUGUGUGGCCCCAUCUCAAAGUAUUUAAGCAACCUUGGAUGGGACGCUAUCAUCCAGCAGGAGACAGUCCUGACCAAAGUCUUCUUGGAUUACUUGCUCAGUCGGCCCACGGUUUAUCGAGUGUUUGGAAAGCAGACCGAAGAUCCAAGCCAGCGAGUGUCAAUUGUCAUAUUCGAGGUCAUUGGGCGUAAGUCUAGUGACAUUGUGAUGAAGAUUCAUGUUCGCGACCGAUUCCGGCUUAUGUGGGGUGAUUGCUGGGCACCACGAGCAACAUUUGACGUUCUCCGACCACACAGCGACGGAAUCAUUCGGGCUAGUUUUGUUCACUACAACACCGUGGGCGAAGUUCUGGCAUUAUGUGAUGAGCUGGAACAUGUGAUUUCCACUCCUGAAGCGUGA